GCAGAAAAGAAUCUCUCUCCUAGUGAUAAGAAAGCAGAUAAACAGAAAAAUCUAACCCAAGCCCUAUUCGACUAUGUGGAAGAAGAAGCCGAAGCACCAGUUGCUUCAACAUCUGGGACUUCCGAAACUUCUAAGACGUCUAACCUACCUGAGCCAAAAAUCGUUGAGCGGUCUCAAAAGGACCAGCUCGAAACUAGCAAGCUUCUCGAACCUAUUAAGCCUAUAAGUGAAGUGCUGGAUACGUCUCCUAAAAAAACUGAUUCUUCCAAGCCUAUCAAUGAAAUACCAUCUGCCAUACUUCUGAGCAGGGCCCAGCACGAAGAGCGCCUCAGAAAAAGGGCAAUCGAACUUGGUGAGGAUCCCGAUAUAUUU